AUGUCUGAUCAACAAAAAUGCAGCCCAUGCUCCCAGCCACCACGUCAAUGUUGCCCACCACCACACCAAUGUUGCCCACCACCACACCAAUGCUGCUCACCAUCCCGCCAGUGCUGCCCACAGCCUCGCCAGUGCUGCCCACAGCCUUGCCAGUGCUGCCCGCAGCCUCGCCAGUGCUGCCCGCAGCCUCGCCAGUGCUGCCCGCAGCCUCGCCAAUGUUACCCACUGCCACCCCCAUGCUGUAUUCAGCAACAAUGUUUGGAGACCAAGCCUGAGUGCACUUCCCUGAAUAAGGAGUCUGAACUCAAGCAACCCCAAUCUCAGGAGAGCAACUCUUCUAACAGUCCACAGAACUCACCCAAGCCAGGUACACCUGAGCAGCAGAAGAAGCCAAGCAAAUAG